AUGAAUGUUCAAACAUUUAUAUAUAAUGAAAAUUUUUAUAAAAAACUUGCUCUUACAAUAGGUAUUAUUCGUUUAACACCAUCACAUAUGACACCAAGAGAAUUUACAAAACAAUUACAAAAUAUUUUACGACAAAAUAAAAUCAAUCAAGCUAUACAAUAUGAACAAAUUUUAUUAGAUAUUCGUUCUUUUAGAAAAUCUAUAUCAAUAGUAAUACCAACGAAAUAUAUUGAUUUACUUGAAUAUUAUAGAAAUUUUCUUCAAAAUAUUUUCAUCAUAUCAAUUGAAUUUAACAUUGAAAUACAAAUAAUUAUUAUUGAAACAAUUGAUCGAAUAUUUCAAUUAAUAAAAGAUAAUUUUUUUCAAAUUCAACAACAAACAUUUGAAACUCUUUUUAAACAAUUAAUUAAUACUAUUUUCAAUUUUGAUAUUAUACCAAAUAUUCAAAAACAUUGUAUUCAACAUAUACGACAAUUUAUUGAUUUAAUAUUGAUAUACAUAAAACAAUCAACAAUAACUACGGAUGCUCAGAUGCUUAUUGAACAAAUCGGUAUUCAUUUUUUUUUUUGUUUGAAUAGUUGCGUGAUGGAUUAUGCUUUUCAGAAUGAAUGGAGUUAUUAUGUGUUGAGUUGUUGUUAUCAAUCAUAUUUUUUAGUAGUUUUCGAACGAAUACUCACCGAAUUAUUUGUUUAUUUUGAUAAAAAAAACUCUAAUUCAACAUAUGGUUUAGUUUUAGUUAAUAUUCUUCAAAAAUUAAUAACAUCAAAUGAUAAUACUACAUUACAACAAAUAUUAAACAAUGAAUCAAUACGUCAACAAUUUCAUGAAUUACUUUAUACAUGUUUUGCUUUUAAUAAUAAUAAUGAUAAUUCAUUAGUAAUUUAUCUUUGGAAUAUUUAUGGUCGAAUUUUAUAG